AUCAAGUAUUUAUCAUUAAGAUGUUACCAUAUCAAGUAUUUAUCAUUAAGAUAUUACCAUAUCAAGUAUUUAUCAUUAAGAUGUUAUCAUAUCAAGUAUUUAUCAUUAAGAUAUUACCAUAUUAAUUAUUUAUCAUUAAGAUAUUACCAUAUCAAUUAUUUAUCAUUAAGAUAUUACCAUAUCAAGUAUUAUUUAUCAUUAAGAUGUUACCAUAUCAAGUAUUUAUCAUUAAGAUAUUACCAUAUCAAGUAUUUAUCAUUAAGAUAUUACCAUAUCAAGUAUUAUUUAUCAUUAAGAUAUUACCAUAUCAAGUAUUUAUCAUUAAGAUGUUACCAUAUCAAGUAUUUAUCAUUAAGAUGUUACCAUAUCAAGUAUUUAUCAUUAAGAUGUUAUCAUAAUAAGUAUUUAUCAUUAAGAUAUUACCAUAUCAAUUAUUUAUCAUUA